AUGAAAAAUAUGAUCUCAUUGGAUGUAGAAUCUUUGUUCACCAACGUACCACUUAUAGAGACUAUUGAUUUUAUAUGCAAGCAAAUAUCAAAGAAACAAAUCAACAUUGGCCUGCCUAACGAUAGCCUAAGGGAACUGCUCCUAAGAUGCACUCUGAAUGUACAUUUUGUCUUCAACAAUACUUACUAUAGACAAAUAGACGGGAUAGCCAUGGGCUCGCCUCUAGGCCCGAUUUUAGCUGACCUCUUCCUAGCAAAGCUAGAAAACGGACCUCUCAAUGAGACUAUUAAGAAACUCGAUUUAUAUUGCCGAUACAUUGACGACACAUUCAUUAUCGUAGACCAAAACACUAGUAAAGAGGAACUCCUAGACCAAUUCAACAGUGUUCACCCAGCGAUCACCUUCACUGGUGAAAGCGAGCAUGAUAAGAAGAUGAGCUUCCUUGACGUCACGCUAAGCAGACGAAGUGACGGCACAUUAAGUAGAAGCGUGUAUAGAAGAAACCCCUCUUCAUGCCAAUAUACUCACUUCUGCAGUUUCACACCCAUCCGGUACAAGAGAAAUUUGGUCAGAUGUCUCACGAGCAGAGCAAAAAAGAUCUGUACAGUAGACACUCUAAGUCAGGAGCUUGAAUUUCUCAACAACUCACUGACCGAGAUCGGCUACCCCAGCGCGUUCAUCAAGAAAUACAUGCAGGAUAUAAUAAAGAAGUCGGAGAUUUCGACUGUUCGUAAGAAACCUUUAUACAUGAAAGUGCAAUUCAACGGGGAUGUGGCUAGUGACACUCUGAAAUAUAGGUUAACCAGAGUAAUCACCAAGACAUUCUACGCAGCCAAUCUUGCGUUGACCUUCUCUUGUCGACCAGCGAUGUCUACUCAAACGAAGGAUAAGUUACCUGAGUUGGCCUCUUCCAUGUGCAUUUACAAAUUCAGCUGCUCCUGUGGAGAUAGCUAUAUAGGGCGUACUACCAGGCAACUUAACCAACGAAUGAGUGAACAUCUACCAACUUGGUACAUAAAGGGUCAGAGAAAAACUAUUCGCAGUUCUAUACUAGCACAUCUUAUUGAUAGCGGUCAUGCAGUAGAGAAAUCGAAAUCAUUUCGAGUUAUCUAUCGUAUACCUCCAUCAUUUCCCGACGGAGUCCGUUCCCGUCUCCUAUAUAUAGCUGAAGCCAUUGGAAUUCGUACAUAUAACCCCAAUCUAUGUGUACAGAAGAAAUACGUGACUCCCCUAUCCCUUCCAUGGCCAGUUAUAACUUAA